AUGGAUUUAAUUUAGUUAUCAUCGAUGAUAUUGAACACACUCUUAUAUGCAACUUUGUAUGUGAUGAGCAAAUAUAUCUAUAGAAUAUAAAAACAUAGUAAUAGAAUAAUAUUAGCAAGAAUUAUCGACAAAUGAUAAAUAAUUGGCGAAAGCGCUUCGAUAUUAAAGAAGGAAAAUUAAAAUUAUAAUAAUGGGUUUGCCAACAUUAUUAUGUUUUGUUCAAAACUAUUAUAAUUUGUGUUUGAGAUACACACAGUCAGAAAAAUUGAAUAUUUUUGAGUGUUUAAAAUAGUUUGAUACUGAAAAAAUAGGAAUGGGAAUAUUAACAUCAUUUUAUAUGACACUAUUACUAUAUAUAGGUCCAGUGUAUUAAGAAUUUUGGGUAAUAAAUAAUAACUUAUAGUUAGAAUGGAAAUUUAAGGGAAAAAUUUAGUAAAAUUAAGUUCAACAAAUUCAGAUGGGAUUACUUUACUAAGAUUGUUAUUGUAUUAUAUUGUUAUUAAACUUGAAAAGACUCCAUUAAUAGAUGAAAUUAUAUUUAGAGAAUUGGUGAAUAAUGCAAUAAAUGUUAGAUAUUAGAAUAAUAUUGAGUUUAUCAUUUAUUCAACAUUGUUAUAUAGUUUAAGUAAACUAGAAAUACUAUUUUAUUAGCAAAAUCAUUGUCUUAUUAAUUAAAAUAUGGAUAGCUAUCACGUUAUGAAUUCCUAAAAACAUUUGUAUUGGGAUUAUAUCUGUCUUUUGUGUUAGUAUAGACAAAAACAAUAGCAACAGUAAUAAUCAAUCAUGGACUGAUGAAUUUUAUGGGAAGACCGAACUUUUUAGAUUUAGUUAAAGGAAAGUAUAGCAACGAAUAAAGAUAAAGUAAAAUGGAAUAUACUAUUUUAAGAGAUGAUACGGUUUUAUGUGCUAGGUUUCGUUGCCUUUCUAAUUUUUUGUGUUUUAGUUUUGUGAUUUUAUUUAU